AUGGUAAUAAAUAAUAUUAUCGAUGAAGAAAAUGAAAAGUCAAUACAUACAGAAAUUAAAUGUUUAAAAAGAAAGAAUGAAAAAAAAAAAAUUACCAAACUAAAUUGUGAUAUAACAAAUUCAAAUAAUAAAGAAUUUUUUUAUAAUAAUGAAAAUAAAAAAUUUCAAAAGAACAAUCAUUUGUUAUUAUAUAAGGAACAUGUAAUAAACCAUCAAAAUAAUGUUAAAUAUAUAAAUAUGGAGAAUAACGUAAGUAAUAAUGAUUUAUAUAUUCCAGAUCAAGAUAACUGGGUACAAUGUGAUUUGUGUGAAAAAUGGAGACGCUUACCACAAAAUAUAAAUAUGGAAAACUUACCAAAAGUAUGGUAUUGUAAACUAAAUAACGAUGUAAGAUAUAAUUCUUGUGAUAUACAAGAAGAAGUAGUUGUUCCAUAUAAUUAUGAUGUAAAUAAAAUUACUGAUAAAAAUACAAUCUCUUUUAAUAAUAACAAUAAUAACAAUAACAAUGAUUUUAUAAAAAAUGAUUGUUCUUACAAUAUUAUUAAUGCUCAUAAUAUUACAAAUCGUAAUAAUAGUAAUAACAAUAAUAAUAUUGUUUCCCUUAAUACAAAUACCUUAUUAUAUAAGGAUACUAAUCUAUCACAACAAAAUGUUAAAGAUUCUAUUUAUUUUAUAAAUAAUGAAAAUAAAAAUAUUAUAUGCAAUACACAGCAUAAUCCCAUCUCUAAUAAUAAUUUAGAUUUUCCCUUAAGAAAUGAAUCAAUUUCAUCCUUUUGUCAUAUAAAGGAGCUGCUUACACAUAAUAAAGACAAUAAACAAAAUAAUAAUGAGAACAUUUUAACAAAUGAAAUUAAAAAAGAAGAAAACAAGGAAAAGAAAAAAUUAAGCAAAAAAAAUAAGCAAAUGUUGCAUAAUGAAGAAGGUGAGCAAAUUAUACACAAUGAUGGUUUGCAUUCACUAAGCAGAGAAAAAAAGAAAAAUAAAGAUACCUAUGAAAAUAUGAAAUAUAAAAAUAUAAAAAAGGAAAGUAUAAAUAAUCAUAUUAUUUAUGAUUUAAAGCAAACUCCCAAUACACACCAAAAUAACAAUAGUAAUAAUAGUAAUAAUGGUAACAAUAGUAACAAUAAUAAUAAUAAUGGUUAUAAUAAUUCACAAGGUUUGUACAAAAAUGAUUCCCUUGGGAAAAAAACAAAGAACGAUAAAAAUUCAAACCAAGAUAAUGCACCCGAAAUUGAUGAUAACGAAUGUGAAAAUUUACCUGAACAACCAAACAGCCAUUUUCAUAAUAUAAAUUUGCAAAAAAGAAAUUGUAAAACGAAAAAAAGAAAAACGAAUAAUUGUUUAUUCAAAAAAUAUAAUAGUGAUGGAGAUUUGUAUGAAAAAUCACAAAAAAGUUUAAAACAAUUUAAUAAAACUAUUAUGAGUGAUACAGAUAUGAAUUCAAAGGAUAAUGUUAAAAAGUUCAAAAAUUUUUUUAAUAAAAAAAAUAUGAACAAGUCAGGUCCUUUUUAUUCGUACAUGCAUUUUAUCGUUAAUUCCAAUUUAAAACAAAAAAAAAAAAAAGAGGAGUAUCCUUUGCUCAAUGAGAAAAAAAAUAAAAAGAAAAUAAAGGAAAAUGAGAACAAAAAUGAAACUGGGAAAGAAGACGAACAGAAAAAUGAAGAUGAAAAUGAAAACACAAAUGGAAUUAUGAAUAAUGCCCACAAUAUGGACAUGGAAAAACGUAAUGUGAAAAGUGGUAAAAAAAAGAAAAAAGAAAGUACGACAUCUGUGAUAAAUAAUAUGUAUACUAAAACUAAUAAUGAGGAAGAACAGAAAGUGGAUGACAUUAAAAAUUUGGAGACAUUACACAUGGAUCAAAUGAAAAACGUGAAGAGGAAAAAGAGCCAAACAAAUAAUAAAAAUCAAGAAAGUAUAAAAAUGAAAAAUGAAAAGGAUAAUGAGAAAAAUAAUAAUGAUGAAAUGGUUAAUUAUGUGGAGUAUAAUACAAAUAGUUUAAAAUAUAACAACAAUGGUAAUGAUGAUAAUAAUAAUGAUAAUAAUAAUGAUAAUGAUAAUAAUGAUAAUGAUAAUAAUAAUAAUGAUAAUAAUAAUAAUAAUAAUAAUAAUAAUAAUGAUAAUAAUAAUAAUAAUCAUUAUUACAAUAAUAAUAAUAAUUCAAAUGGACAAAUGAAUUGUUUAUAUGAAGAUAUUCAUAUGGCAGAUAGCCAAAUAAUCAAACAAAAUAAUAUGAACAUGUCAGGAAGUUUUUCGAAUUUAAAAAAAAAAAAAAGUUCUGAUAUAUUAUUAAAUAAUAGUAUUAUUAAUAAUGUGGAUAAUACCAUCGAUACAAAUAAUGUACCUAUUAAUAAUACUGUCCCUGUUGUAGUUAACUGGGUACAGUGUGAAUUAUGUAAGAAGUGGAGAAAACUUGAUGCUCAUAUUAAUAUAAGUUUAUUACCAGAAAAAUGGUAUUGUUCUUUAAAUUUUUGGAAUGCUUAUAAUAAUUGUGAUAUGGAAGAAGAAAUAUAUGUUGAAGAAACCGUUAAUUUGGAAACGGUCCAACAUGUAAAAAAUAAUGAGAAUUUAAAAAGCAUACAAAAUGUACAUAAUAAAAGUAACACAAAUCAACAAAAGAAUGGAAUGGGUUCACAAAAUAAUUUGAAAAUUCAAAAAAAAGUAAAAAGCGGAAAAAAUAGUGUAGCAAAUUACAUGAAUAAUAUGAAUAUUUCUACCAAACAUGCAGUAGAAAAAUCAAAAAAUGAUUGUAAGCAUAGGGUUAAUAAAAAAUCAAAUAAGCAUAGUAUGAUGAUUAAUGAAAAUAAAUAUGAACUGGAUGAAAAGGAUAUUAAAAUAUUUAAUGAAUUAAAUAAGAAAUAUUCUAAAAUAGAUAUUUUAAAUAUAAUAUUUAAUAAUUUGCAGAAUGAUAAUGAUGAAAUGAAAAGAAAUGAUUUAAUAAAUGAAUUUUUUACAAAUUCAGAUACUUUACCAUUAAAUCAAAAUAAUGAAUGUGGUAAUAAAUUAACAUUAGAUGAAUUGUUGAGUACUCCAAUAAGUGAAAAUUAUUUAUCCCAUAUAAAUUAUGAUAUGAAUAAAAAAAAUAUAUCUAAUAAUAAUAUAAAUAAUUCAUAUAAUGAUGAAGAUAAAGAAGUAACAUAUGAUGACAAGAAUGUUAUGAAUAAUGAUAAUGAGAUGUUUUACAGAAAUAUUCUUUCAUCUUCAUGGGCAUCUCAUAAUAACAAUGGAUUAUUACAAUCGCUAGAUGGUAUGUUAAAAAAGAAUUGUUUUUCAAAUGAAAAUUAUAAUAUAUUAAAUGAAAAGAAUGAAACGCAUGAUCUAAAUGGAAAAUAUAUAUUCCACCCUAAUAUAAAUAAUAUAAAUAAUAAUAAUAUAAAUAAUAAUAAUAUAAAUAAUAAUAAUAAUAUAAAUAAUAUUAAUUGUAAUAAUAAUAUUUAUAGUAAUAAUAAUCCGUGUUAUAUGGAUUUAUUAAAAAAUAGUAAAUUUAAAUAUUUUUUGAAUUAUGAAAAUAUUCAUAAAAUGUUUGAUACUUUGCCUAAAUAUAACUAUACAGCUUCUGAUGAAGAUAAUAAAAAUAUAUCAAAUCAUAUUAAUUUAAAAUAUAAAAAUUUAUUUUACAAUAAUUCACAACCAUGUGUUAAGAACGAUUUCACAAAUUCUUUGAGAAGAAGAUAUUAUUCAUGCAGUCGUUUUGAUAAGGGUAUAUAUAAUAAUGAUCAUCAUAUUGAUGAGGAAAACAUGGAAAGAAAUUAUUUAUCAGAUAGUGUUUUAAAAAUAAGAAAGUACAAAAAAAAAUUAAUUCAUGUUAAACGUGAAUAUAUAUUUAAGAUAAAUAAAUUGAAAAAAUUAUUACAUAGUGAAGUGGAUGAUAAUAUAAAUGAGGACGAUAAAAAUCAAACCAUUUAUGAAAAAGAAAAUAAUAUAAGUGAAUGUAUAAAAAAUUGUAGCACAGACAUUUUUCCAGAUAUUGAAAAUAAGGUAGGUGAAGAAAGAGAACUUUAUUCAUUCGAUGAUUGCAUACUUCAAAAUGAUCCGUUGAAAUAUGUAAAUUAUAUAAGCAAGUUAAAUACUUGUAUAGAUACAUAUAACACGGAUGAUCAUAAAAUUAUGGAUACUGUUAAUAAUCUGUUCCAUGAAAAGAAUCUAAUAAAUGAUGAUAAGUUGUUAAAUGAUCAAAAUGGAGAUAAUAUUUACCAUGAAUUAUUUAACAAAAUAAAAAGUGAAGAGUAUAAAGGUAAUGUAAUAAAUGAACAGCUAAAGGGAAUAAUUCCCAAGGAAUCAAAUUCGUGUCAACAUGAAAAUAUAAAUAAUAUGGACGAAAAAAUAAAUAAUGUGGACGAACAAAAUAAUAAUAUGGACGAAAAAAUAAAUAAUGUGGACGAAAAAAAAAAAAAAGUGGACGAACAAAAUAAUAAUAUAGACGAAAAAAUAAAUAUUAUGGACGAACAAAAUGACAUUAUUGACGAACAAAAUGACAUUAUUGACGAACAAAAUAACAUUAUGGACGAACAAAAUAACAUUAUGGACGAACAAAAUGACAUUAUUGACGAAAAAAUAAAUAUUAUGGACCAACAAAAUAACAUUAUUGUUAAUAAUACAUACGAAGAUAUGAACACCUUUUUUGAUAACUUUCAUUUUGAAAAAGACAAUAAUGAAAAUUUAUAUGAUGAUAAUAUAAUAAACAAUGAUAAUAAUGACAGUGAAAUUUCUAAUAAUUUAUUAUAUAAAAAGAAUUAUGAACUGUUUGAAAAUAGCUUAAAAAUGUUUAUUUUGAAUGAUGAAAUGUUUAAUAAUAUAAAUAACAAUAAUAAUAUUAAUAAUUAUUAUGAUUAUAAUAAUUUUCAUUAUAAUUAUGGUUAUGGUGGAGAUGAUGAAUACCCAAUAAAUUUUAAUCAUGAUAAAAAUGAAGUGGUUAAUUUAAAAUAUGAUAACUAUUUAAAUAAAAGUAAUAUUUAUGAAGGAAAUAAUAUAUCCAACAAAGAAGGAAAUACAAACUAUCUAAGCAAAUCUAUGGGACAUAUGAAUUCGUUUUUUACUUCGUCAUGUAUAUUAGAAACAUUGAAUAAUUAUUAUAUAAAUAAUAUUUUAAGGGAUGAUCAACCAAAUAACCAUUUUGUAAAUAAUUGUAUCAGUACAAAAGAUGAAAUAAAAAAAGGGAACAAAUCUGUAUUUUUAAAAAGUGAAGAUAAUAAAUUAAGUAUGGAUGAUUAUGUUAAAAUAAGAAAAUAUUUAAAUUUUUUAAACAUGGAUGAUAUGUCUUACCAACACAAUAUGAGUAGUGAUCAAAAUGAUCAAAAUGAUCAUAAUGAUCAAAAUGAUCAUAGUGAUCAAAAUGAUCAAAAUGAUCAUAAUGAUCAAAAUGAUCAUAGUGAUCAAAAUUAUGAAUAUCAUGAAAAGCAUGAGGAGUAUGAUGAAAAUUAUACAUAUGAUGAAAACAAUAAAGCUAAUUAUAGUGCUGAUUUUAAUAACAAUAUGUAUGAUGGUAAACAUCCAAGCUACCAUUUUAACAAGGAUUUCUCUUUAUUAAACAAUGUAACACUUACAAAUUUUGAUCCUCUUGACAAAUCAGUGAGUGGUCUUCAAGAAUCAAACGUGAAAGAAAAAACAAGAAAUGGUUAUAGCAAUUCAAAUAACAAAAAAGAGAAACAUAUUUAUCCUGAUGAAAAAAAUAAUAAAAAAAAUAUAAAAUUGAAUAACCCUAAAAAGUCGUUUUUAAAAGGUGGUGUUUUAUUAAAUAGAAGCGAUAGUUUCAUAAAGAAAGGUACAAAAAAUGUUUUGUAUAAUAAUAAAAAUAAUAAAAUAGAAAACCUUGUUAAUAAUGUUUAUGAACUUGAUACUGUAAGUAGUGUAUUACCAAGGGAAGCUUCAUUUAAUUUAAAUAAUAAGAAGGAUAAUAGGGAAAGAAAAAAAGAGAAGAAAGAUAAAGAAAAAGAAGAUGUAAUAAUAAUAAAAGAUACAAAAAACAUGGAAGAAGAAAAUGAAUAUAUAUCUUUUAAUGUAUGUUAUGAUGAUAGUGUAAAUAAUAUUAAAGAAUUAAUUAAAAAUAGAAGUAGUCACCAUAAAAAUGGUGUUGAUAUGUACAAUGGGAAAUUGAUCAUAUCAAAUAAUAAUAUUAAUGGUAAUAAUAAUAUUAAUGGUAAUAAUAAUAUUAAUGGUAAUAAUAAUAUUAAUGGUAAUAAUAAUAUUAAUGGUAAUAAUAAUAAUAGUAAUAAUAAUAAUAAUAGUAGUAGUAACAAAAGUAAUAGUAACAAUAUUUAUAGCCAUAGUAAUAAAAUUAAUCAUAAUAAUAACACUCUUGUUAACAACGUGAAAAACAAGACUCAUAUGUAUGAACCCCCAUCUUCAUCAUAUGUCAAAGAAGAUAAUGAUAAUAAUAAUCAAAUUAAAAUAACAAUAUUAAAUACGAACAAAUUGAAAAAGCAUAUCUUAAGUAGUAGAGUGAUUAUCUACUCAAAAGGAGCUUCGUUAGUAUAUAAUGUGGAUGAAAUAAAUAAAAAUAGUAUUUAUUUCUAUAAUAAUGAAGAAGAAGUUUAUUUAACGAAAGGAAAACAAAAACAUGAUGAUAUAAAUAAAGAUCAACAUAAUGAAAUAGAAAGUAAUAAUAUAUAUCUUAAUUAUGCAAAUAAUAUUAAUUUUAAUGAAAAGGAUGAGUAUCAUAAAAAUAAUAGUACUUAUGAUGAUAAAAAUAGUACAUAUGAUGAUAAUACCACUGAAGGAGGGAAAACGAAAAAAAUUGGUACCUCCGUUUUUAAUUAUGAUUAUAAAAAAAUGAUCAGUGAAAUAAGUCUCUUCAAUAAUAAUAUUAAAAAACAAAUACCACAUAUUAAAUACAAGUUCAAGAGAUAUAUUGAUACACCUCCAGAGAAAAAAAAAGUUGCCACAAAAAAAAUAAGUCAACGAUGUCAAAAAAACGAAAAAAGAAAAAUAUCAUCAAGAAUCAUAAAUAGUUCAAAAUUUAAUACAAAUGAUUGUAAUAUAAAUAAUAUAUUGAAUGAUCACAUACAUAAUGAUAUUAUAAAGAAUAAUAUUACGAAUAAGGAACAAGAUACACAUAUCUUAAAUAAUAUAAAAAAGAAAAUUGAAAAACGUCCAAAUGAUCAGCAUGUUAAUAACAUAAAUAGGAAUAAUACGGAUGAUAAUUAUCCUGAUAUUAUAAAAAAGGUUGAACAAAAUAUUGGUGUUUCCAAAAAUAAAAAUAAAAAUAAAAAUAAACAAGUCAUAUGUAAAAAUGUUAUAAAAAAGGAAAAUGACGAUCAUGUGGAUGUGAACAAUGAUACGGUUGCUGAUAAAAAUAUAACUAUUGAAAAAAAUGAAAAAUUCUUAAAAAAAAAAAAUAGCAAUUCAAAAUAUAGGAUAUAUAAUAAUAACAGAGAAAAGGAAGAAAAGGAAGAAAAGGAAAAAAAGGAAGAAAAGGAAAAAAAGGUAGAAAAGGAAAAAAAGGUAGAAAAGGAAAAAAAGGUAGAAAAGGAAGAAAACAAAUUAAAUGAUAAUUUAAGUGAAACUUACCAUGUUAAUAAUACACAUCAAGUUUUUAACACUCCAAAGUUUAAUACAAAAAAAGAUAAGUCAAAUAAUGAACAAGUCCAUGAUGAAGAUAAAAAUAAUACAAAUAACAAAAAAAAAAAAACCUUACUAAAAAAUAUGGACACCAAAAAAAAUAACUUGUCAGAAAUAAAAAAGAAAGAUAUACCACAUAUAAUAAAGGAUAAAAAUAAAAAACGUACUCUUAAAAAUAACAAUGAUGAUAAUAAAAAUAAAGAUGAUCAAUGUGAUGAUGAUAAUAAAAAUAAAGAUGAUCAAUAUGAUGAUGAUAAUAAAAAUAAAGAUGUUCAUGUGAUAUAUAAGGCUGCUUCCCAACUCAAAAAAAGAAAAACGUACCAAGAAGAAGAUGGGAAAAAAAAUGAUCAUGCUGAUUAUGAUGGUGAGGGUAAUUAUGAUGAAGGUCAUUUUUAUGAUAGUGUCAUUUCUGAUAAGUUACCAAAUUCAUCAUCCAAAAAAUAUAAAAGGGAUAACCGCAAUUUUGAAGAUGAUAAUAAGGAAAACGAUCUAAAUUAUUCACAUAAUGUUAACAACGAACAUACUGAAGAAAAUUAUAAACCUCCAUCCAUUAAUAAUAAUAAUAAUAAUAAUAAUAAUAAUGAUAAUAAUAAUAAUGAUAAUAAUAAUAAUAAUAAUGAUAAUAAUAAUAAUGAUUAUAAUGAUUUUAAUGAGAAAACAAGUUUGAAUAAAUCUUUUAUUAAAGAAUUGGAAUGCUUAAAUCAAAAAGAAGGGGAAAGACAAAAUAGCAUGAACGAAUCAAAGGAUAUUGAUAUUAUUCAAGAGGAGAAGAUGAAACAUGCAGACGCUUCAAAAAAUAAUGACAAUAAUAGUGAGCUCAACAAUAGUGAUUAUUAUUCAUCCAAAUAUGAUAAGGAAAGAGAAAGUAUACAAAGUAUUAUGGCACAAAGAAAAAAAUAUGAUAAUGAUGAUGAACAUAUGUUACAUAAAGAUAUACAAGAUGAAUACUAUUAUGAAAAAAGGAAAAUGAGUAGUGCUAGCCAUAAAAGGAAAGUAUUUCAUUAUGGUAUACAUAAGGAAAAUUUGCUUAAAGGGGAAAAUGAAUUUAUUGGAAAUAAGGAUAGGAAAAGUAGUUUAGAAGAAGCAAAAGAUGAGGAGAAAUAUAUGAAGCAAAGAUAUGAUUCCAAAUGUGAUGGUAGUAGCAAGUAUGGAGGUAGUAGUAAAUAUUAUGAUAGUAUUCAUGAUGGUAGUAAAUAUUAUGACAGUGUUCAUGAUAACAAUAGUAUGUAUAACAAUAUAAAUAAUAUAUCGAGUAAAAAUAAAAAAAAUAUAAAUGAUAAAAAUUAUAAUUCUAUGUAUGAUACUUGUAAUAAUAGUAUAAAUUUUGAAAAAGAUCAUGAUGGUAAUUCGAGUGUGUCAUCCAAAAUGUAUUAUUUAUUAAAAGAUAAAGAAAAAAAAAAACAAGAAAAAAGUACAGAAGAUCCAAAUAGUCAACAUGAUCAUAUAUAUACUAGUAAUACAUACAAGAAUAAUAAAUAUGAUCAUCAUUCAUAUCACUAUGAAAAAAAUUAUCGUGAAGAGAAAAAUAGGAGAAAUGAUAAUAAAGGAUUUGAAGAGGAUAGUAAAAGAUUUAGUGAAUCAAACAAAAACCAGGAUCAUACAUAUAACACACUACAAAAGAGAAAUAAUCAAGAUUGUAAUAAGAUUCAUUAUGAUAAGUAUGACAAAUAUGAUAAAUAUGAUAAAUAUGAAAAAUAUGAAAAAUAUGAUAAAUAUGAAAAAUAUGAUAAAUAUGAAAAAUAUGACAGAUACAAUAAAUAUUACAAAUAUAAUUACAAUGAUGAAAAUAAAAAAAGAAGUUUUAUUUUAGGAGACAAUACAUAUAAAAACCCAAGGAACAGUUUUCAUGAUGAAGAAAAAUAUUCACAUUAUGAAAAUAACAAUAUACAUGAUAGUAAUGCAAGGAUAUAUGAAAGAAGGAAAACAAGUAUUUUUAGUAAUAAAUAUGAAAAACCAUAUUAUAAAAAAAGUGUCGAUGAAAAGGACAAAGAUGAUUAUCAUAUAUAUAAUAAUGAUAGAUAUGUUGAUAGAUAUGAUGACAAAUAUGUUGACAAAUAUGAUGACAAAUAUGUUGACAAAUAUGUUGACAAAUAUGUUGACAAAUAUGUUGACAAACAUGAUGACAAAUAUGAUGACAAAUAUUAUGACAAAUAUGAUGACAAAUAUAAUUAUAAUGAAGAGAAUGAACAAGACAGAGAAGAAGAAUUUUAUUAUAAAAAAAAUAAAGAUCAUUAUGAAAGAGAACAUAAAUAUGUCCAUCAUCAUAAUAAUUAUAAUCCAUAUAAAAAAGAGAAAUAUCAUGGAUAUACAAAUAAAAAACUUAUAAACAAAAAUUAUUAUUCUUAUAGAAAUAGUCAAGAUAAAGUUGAUAUACAAAAUAAAAAUGAAUAUAUUAACAAUAAUAUAAAAUAUAGUAAAAGAAAAGAUUCAGAUUUCUUUAAAAAAAAUUACAGGAAUUCAUAUAAGCAUCAUCCAUAUGAUUAUAAAUAUAAUCAUGAAACAAAUAAUAAAUAUCAAGGACCCCACAAAAGGAAAAGUCACCUUUUUACAAAUGAUUAA